AUGCAUAGUUAUAAUACAAGAAGCAAAGGUAUUUUAUUAUCAACAACAAUCUUAUCAUUGGAACUAAAGUCACAAUCAUCAACGAAGUUACAAGAGAUGGAUACGAUGAAUGAAGAUGGUAGGUUAUUAACAUUAUCAGAUGAUAAAGGACAAGACAAUACAUCAACAACAAUAUCAAGAACAACAGUAACAGGUAAGGAAGAUGGCCAUGUUUCGUCAUCAGAUUCGAAUGAUAUUAAUGGUAAAUCACAUGCUGAAUUACAAAAUGAUGCCCGAAUUGAUUUCGAACAAGAAGUAUCUCAAGAACGUCUGUUAUCACUUGUUUGUGAACCAAAGACAUUAUUCAAGAUCCCAUUGUUUGAUGAUCAACCACCAACAUGUUUUACUGAUGCACAAGAAUGGUUGGAUAUUGCCAUAAUUCAGUUACAAAAGGUUAGUUAUGAUGA